CGGAAUUGAGCAUCUCUUCAUCUCCUACAUCGAUGAUCUUCAAGUGUGACGGUAAGUAUGGGGACUCUGAGAGGUCGCUGGUCGUCGUAUCACAGGAGGACGAACAGUAAAAGGUAAUAGUGGAACUCUAAGCUUAGCGACAAUGGAAUAUUUGUCACCCCACGCGUUCUGUUCGCCUGCCCGCGAAAAUUGCAGCCUGCAGGUUUCCUUACAGCUCUGGCACUUUGUCUGGCAUUUUCAUUCAUUUUCUUUCCUUUCGUUGACAAAACUAUUCCUGGUCCGUCUACUUUUUUUUCUUGGAUAGAUGCGGAUCUCUGCGCUGGUCUCGGUGCUUGGUGUAGCACUGCAACUGCGAGUGGUGACCGCUCAGGACGGCUCCAUAUCUGGUCCAACCAGCAGUUCAUCUGCUGCUGGGUACUCGUGCGACCCCAGCCAAUGCACACUGCCCAGCUGCAACUGUGCUAGCACGAGUCCCCCAGGUGGUCUUUCUCCCUCGGACGUACCGCAAUUCGUCGUCUUCACUGCCGAUGAUGCUAUUCAGUCCUAUACCCUCGACUCCGUCAAUCAGUUCCUCGCUCAACGGAAGAAUCCGAACGGUUGUCCUAUCAAGAUGACCUACUUCACGUCUCUUAACUAUACCAACUACACGCUUGUCACCGAUUGGUACGUUGCAGGAAAUGAAAUUGCUGAUCAUACGAUGACGCAUGUCGGUUCACCUCCGGCGGAUGAGAUCAACGGAAACCUCAUUGCUCUCAACGCACUUGCCGGCAUCCCGCUCGAUGCCAUCCAAGGAUUUCGUGCUCCCUACUUGAACUAUACCGCUCAGACUUUGCAGCUCCUCGCGGACGUUGAUUUCACGUACGAUUCUUCUUCCGCCUCGUCGAUUCCUGUCACCGACCCAGGUACCGAUGCGUACUGGCCUUAUACGUUGGACUAUGGUCUUGCGAAUGACUGUCUGACGGUGGACGGUAUAUGCAAGGGGCUGCCUAAAAUUCCUGGUCUUUGGGAGAUUCCCAUGUAUGCGUUCUUCGAUAACCUCGGGGUUGAUGGUCCGCACCUCAUGGACCCCUGGCUGGAUACUGCCAAUGGCGCUAGCUCCGUUAACGAUACUGCCACAUUUGAGUAUAUGAAAAAUACAUUCACAGAUCAUUACAAUGGUAAUCGGCAACCAAUCGGUCUCUACACCCAUCCCAUCCAUCUUUCCACUACUUAUCCCGGCGUUAACCCCCCGAACAGCACGAUCAAGAUGAUAAAUGAAUUCCUAGAUUGGGUUCAGGAGCAGCAGGAUGUCUGGAUCGUCUCGAACGAGCAGCUUCUUGCCUGGGUCCAGAACCCCGUGCCUGUCUCGGAGCUUGACUCCUUCGAGCCUUUGAAGUGCCCGACUCCGCAGGUUGACCCGUCUCUUAAGAUCUGCAACGGUAUUCCCCAGAACGAAGCUGGUCUCGUGGAGGAAUGUGAUUUCCCCGACUUCCCUUUCUUUACUUGCUAUGGUUGCCCGCAAGUAGAGCAAGUCCCAGCGGGCCAACAGAUGAGAUACAGAUUGCCCGCCAACUGCUCAACACCUUUCUGGGAUCCCAUGGGCGGGAAGUGCUUGUGCCAACUAGCAGUUUUGGUGGUACAGCCGACGCCCACGUAUAUCAACUUCAAUGGUGCCAACCCUGUCAAGCUGUGGAGUGGCGGUCUCGUGGGCGUGAUGAGCGCUUUGGCCGUGGGCGCGUUUGGCGCUGCCACGGGAUGGGUUCUGGUUAAUAUCUAAGAAAGGAUAAGGAUAAGACUCUCAAACACAGACGAUAUAUGACACUCGUUGGACAUAGGCUUACGAUCAUUCCUUUUCACGAUACAUUAUUAACUUUCUUACAUACUUGCUGCAUACUCACUCGCAUCUGACGCUCUGCAAUUGGGUCGCAUGUUACUUACCCUCGAUUAAUAAUGGACUCGUGGUGAUAUUCGGGACUAUCAUUUCUUGUUAUCGUCACA